AAAAUACAACGACUGUAUUUGUUUUGAUGUUUUGUUGAUAGUAUUUAUUUAUCACUCAAACUGAAGACAGUAGGGGGAGCCACUGCCACGUUUUUGGUAUUUUCUUAAAUAUUUCUCACUCCUACUCUGUGCUACUCUCUCUGUCUCUCUUUCUCUUAAUUACUAAAACAAUUUUAACUAAAUCCAUAGUUUAAAAAAAAUUAACAUUCUGGUCCGUGGUAAUUAAUUAACUGCUAAGCAAAAGUCAGGUGCAGUGUCGGGAGUUUCUUAGUGGUUCCUGCACUUUUAUGAUAGUGAAUGAACAGUUCCACCUGUCAGCGCGUGGACGUCGUAGUAACGUCAUGGGCCACAGAUGGAUAAGACUGAAUCUCUGGUGUCACUCGGUCCCCGACUUGUAACUUAUUCAAUAAUUAUUGCUGGUUUAUCUUCGGAUUAUUAAGGCUCCAGAAUCAUUGGGAUUUAUCAUUUGUGAAGGAUUAGCCGACGACAAGCGGCUGCCUAGAAGAAGCGUUUAUCUGGUCUGUUGUUGUCCUUUAAAACAUGAGUGAUCUUUGUGAAUCCGACAGAAACAUGUAGCUGGAAUCUGACUCCGACUUACGGAAGACUAAGUCUGUCGGAGAGGAGGAAUGGGUUUCAAAAAUGCCUCAAAGUCGUUCCUGGUGACGCUCAUCCUGUUGCUGCUUUGCGCACAGGCACUCGGGCAGGUGUUUAACUUGACGCUGGCUGUGACGGAGGGUUUACCUGCUAACACCAUCAUUGGAACUCUGGGAGCCGGUCUAAGUAGACCAACGUCUGGGUUCUUCGUCUCAGAGAGCAGAGAUUCUCGUGUGUUCAAGGAUUUGGAAAUAGAUGUGGACACGGGGGUCAUUUCCACUGCUGUGGUCCUGGACAGAGAGAGGAGGGAGAAGUACGAAUUUGUUGCAGCCUCCCUCACAGGUGAGGUGAUAAAAGUGAAAAUAGAGGUGAAGGAUGUGAACGACAACUCACCUGUGUUUCCCUCAGAGAGGGUUGAUCUGGAGAUAUCAGAGUUCAGCCUUCCGGGGACUAGGUUUCCACUUGAAGGAGCUACAGAUAAGGAUGAGGGUGAUUUUGGUACCCAGGGCUACAGAAUCAGAGAGAGUGAUCCUGGAAAGUUAUUUGAUUUGAAUUAUCACAAUGGAUCCAAAAAUGAUCAGAUGUUUCUGGAACUCGUCCUCCACAGCCAACUGGACAGAGAAACCCAGAGCUUCUACUCUCUGACCAUUGAGGCUUUCGAUGGAGGUAUUCCAGCCAGGACUGGAACUCUUCAGGUGAAUGUCCAUGUCCUGGAUGAGAACGACAAUCCACCGGUGUUCAACCAGACUGAGUACCACGCCUUGGUGCUUGAGGACGCUCCAGUCAUGUCCACCAUCUGUGAGGUCCAUGCCACAGAUCUGGACCUGGGCGAAAAUGGCAGGAUAACGUACGAGAUCAACAGACGGCAGAGCGACCCUAACGAGGUCUUCUCCAUCAACCAAACCACAGGAGGGAUUUAUCUCAACAAACCGUUGGAUUUUGAGACUCGCGCGUUCCACGAGCUGAUCAUAACCGCCACAGACAACGGGGCUCAGCCUGAGUACAGCAGUGCGCUCGUGGGUGUGAGGGUGGUCAACAUUAACGACAACAGCCCCUCCAUUAGCGUUCUGUUUCUCAGCGACACAGGAGAUGCAGUAGUGUCGGAGGCCACAGCAGUUGGGGACUUUGUUGCCAGGAUUUCAGUGUCGGACCCUGACCUUGAGGAGGACAGGGUCACAGUCACACUCACAGGAGGUGAUGGGAAGUUUAUCCUGAUGCAGACUGAUGAUUUUCUUUAUGCUCUAUGUGUGAAUUCUGAAUUAGACAGGGAAGACAAGGAUCUGUACGAGCUAAAGAUACAGGCCUCAGAUUUUGGAAGCCCCUCCCUCAGCAGUGAGAUGGUCCUUCUGCUGAAGGUGACUGACAGCAAUGACUGCCAUCCUGUGUUUGAGAAGGACGUGUACACCGUCAGCAUCUCGGAGGACACUCCACCAGGGAGUUCUGUAAUCCAGCUGCAGGCCAGAGAUGCGGAUGAAGGAGUCAACUCGGAGGUCAGAUAUUCCAUCCUCCAGUCCCAGCAGGACAGUCUCCUCAGCAUCGACCAGCAGUCGGGCCUCAUUACAACGACUGUGAGUCUGGACAGGGAGACACAGGAGGAGCUGUGGUUUCUUGUGGUAGCGAUGGACAGAGGAGAUCCAUCUUUGUCGUCCACGGCCACGGUAACUGUGCUGGUGGAGGACGUCAAUGACAACGAGCCAGUGUUUGAGCAGCAGCUGUACAAUGUGUCCAUCCCAGAGCACAGUGAUGUCGGAAGCUGCUUUCUACAAGUUGUUGCCACAGAUGCCGACGGUCCUGACUUCGGCACAGUUCUUUACUCUCUGUCUGAUGGUUUUGACAAGAACGACCAACAUCCUCUCUUUCACAUCAACCCAAAGACUGGGGAGCUGUGUGUCUCUCAGGACAUUGAUCGAGAUGGAGGGCAGACCUUCCACGAUAUUCUCAUCAAAGCUGAGGAUCCAGGAGGCCUGAGUGCUCAAACCUAUGUUCAUAUCCAGAUAGAGGACUUGAAUGACAACGCUCCACUGUUUAAUCCUGAUGAGUACUCUAUGAGUAUUAGCAGCUACACAAAGCCAGGGACAGAAAUCCUCAAUGUCAUUGCUACUGACCCUGACUGUGACAGGUUUGGACAAGUCACUUACAACCUCCUCCCUGGUGAUGUGUCUAUUUUAUUUACCCUGGAUAAACAAACAGGAACCCUCUUCCUGACCUCAGCCCUGACCCACCUGGGUGCAGCCAGCCUGAAGCUCCUGAUAACAGCACAGGAUGGUGGAGGCCUUACAUCAGCCAAACCUGCAGAGGUCACUAUAACCAUCCUUCCUAGUGCUCAAGCUCCAGUUGUGUUCCAAAAAUCACGCUACAACUUCAGUGUUUCUGAAGACGCAGCAGCAGGAACCUCUGUGGGGACAGUGGCCGCCAAAGACCCAGUGGACUCAGGUGAAUCCGUGUCCUACAGAAUCUCCUCUGGUGAUCCCAUGGGUUUGUUUGCCAUUCGACCUGAGUCCGGCCUGAUCACCAACGUCAAACCUCUGGACCACGAGUCCCUGUCGUCCGUCCUGCUGUUCGUCCAGUCCUACACGGACACAUCUCCAGUGUACAGCACCACUCAAGUCAACAUCACCAUCGCUGAUGUCAAUGACAACGCUCCACUCUUCCCUAAAAGCACUGACGCCAUCACAGUGUCCCAAAAAACCCUCCCGGGAACUGUUCUUUUCAUCGCACACGCUCACGACUGUGACGGUGGUGCCAACGGUCAGGUGCAGUAUCACCUGAAAGACGGCAAAAAUGGUUUGUUUGCUGUUGACUCUCACCAGGGGACAGUGAAACUGAACCACAGUUUACAGAUGUAUCAUCAGCAGAGGUACGUCCUAGAGAUUGUGGCUAAAGAUGAAGGAGCGCCGCCCUUGAGUUCAACACUGACCCUCACUGUAAAUGUGGACGGCACGACCGCUGAGGACAGCCUGGCCUUUGAGACGUUAGUUUACCAGGUUGAGAUAGGAGAGGGUUACCGUAAAGACUCGAGGGUCAUCCAGGUGAGGGCCCACUGGACCCGAGGAAGUCUCUCCCCAAACAGGGGCCUCACCUACUCGUUGGAGGCAGAACCUGGAUUCCCUUCUCCUCCAUUUCAGGUCCACCCUAAAACCGGUUGGUUGUAUCUUUCCCACAGCCUGGACUACGAGACAGAAGCCACAUAUCGGUUUCAAGUGUCGGCCACAGCGAACGAGGCCUCACUGGCAAACAGGACGGUGACGGCCACGGUGAAUGUGCUGGUGCUGGACAUCAAUGAUAACGCUCCUGUCUUCAGCAGCGACGUCUUCUACUUCACUGUAUCAGAGGGGUCAUCACCUCAGGGUCUGGUGGGAACGGUCCAGGCUCUGGAUAAGGACUCUGGGAAAAAUGCCCAGCUCUCCUACAUCCUGCUCUCAGACGGGAAGUUCUUCCGUAUUAAUGCAAAAACAGGUGAAAUCAUCAACUGGAUGCCACUGGAUCGAGAGAAACAGACUCAGCACACUGUGAAGGUGAUGGUCACAGACCAGGGUCACCCUCGUCUCAACGCCACAGCCACCGUUUACAUCCUGGUCACUGACGUCAACGACAACUCGCCACAGUUCACACAUCUGCCCACCAGUAAAGAGAUGAACCUGCAGAUUUGGAGAGAUCUGCCGACCGGAUCCACAAUAACAAAUAUGUUUGCCAAAGAUUUGGAUGCAGGGGAAAAUGGAACUGUUACAUUCUCUUUGGUUAUAACUGAUUUUGAAUACGAUGGCGUGGGACACUUUGAAAUUGACAGUCAAAGUGGACAAAUCAGGACAACAGAACUUUUCUCUCAGAACGCUGAAGUGUUCUACACUCUCAGAGUAACUGCUAAAGACGGUGGAGUCGUACCUCAGGAAGAGAACGCUCUCGUUCACGUACAGGUGCAUGGAUCAAAGACUCUUCGUGGCCUUACUGACCAUCACAUCAUGAGACACUUCACAGUGAAGGAGGACACAAAACCAGGAAGUGUUAUAGGCUCUGCCAGUAUUUCAGAUACGGUCAAAUGUCACUAUUCCAUCUCCGAGGGUGACGGCAGUAUUUAUUUUGGCAUUGACGCAUCUUCAGGUGACCUCUACAUCAACCAGCCGCUGGACUACGAGACGACCAUGCAGUACUCCCUCAUGGUACGAGCUGAAGGUGUUGGCCCCUCACCCAAAGUGAACAUCUCGGUGAUGGUCAGUGUCAAAGUGGAGGACGUGAACGAUCACACGCCCUGGUUUCCCGACCGGCUUGUGACCUUCAGCCUGAGGGAGGACGCUGCGAUCGGAUCGCUAGCGUUCGCAUUUAAGGCCAGAGACGCCGAUGGAACCUAUGAAAACAGUGUCCUUCACUACACCCUGAACACUGACGCCGGCGACAGUAACUCACCAGCGCGUUUCCCCUUUCAGAUCGACCGCCAGACAGGAAAUCUUACUGUCGCAGCUCCUUUAGAUCGAGAGACAACUGCCAGUUUUGCCUUCACUGUUACAGCCACUGAUCAAGCAAAGCGGACGGAGGAGCGGAAGCAGGCGUCAGUGACAGCGCAGGUCUUUCUGCUGGAUGUGAACGACAACAGGCCGGUGUUUAUAUCAGCAGAUUUCGUGCAGGUGAUGGAGGAUGCCGAGGUGGGGAGUCUGCUUCAUCACUUUGUGGCAAUCGAUGGAGAUAAGGGUGAAAAUGGACUUGUCUCGUAUUCAAUCUUAGCUGGGAACGAGAAUGGAUUCUUCAAAAUAGAGGAGAAAACUGGUCUUCUGUUUCUCUCUGCCCCUCUUGACUAUGAGAAUCAACCCUUCCACCGUCUGACUGUCCGCACCGUGGACCAGGGCAUUCCCCCGCUCUCCUCCACCCAGACUUUGACAGUGGAGGUGGAAGAUGUAAAUGACCAGCCCCCCGUCUUCAGUCGGAGCAUCUACAACGCCAGCGUGUCGGAAAACAAAGACCCAGGAGAACCUGUGAUCAGAGUCUCAGCCACUGAUCAAGAUUCAGAGGAGAACGCAGUGGUGUCGUACAGUCUGUUGCCGGCCCCAGGCUACGAGCUCUUCACCAUCGACCCCGACACUGGUCUGAUCACCACCAACGCCUCCUUGGACCGAGAGCAGCAGCAACAUUACUUCAUCAGGGUCCAAGCCCAUGACAGCGGCCCACAGCCUCUGACAGCCACCGCGGUGGUACGCUGCUCUGUGCUGGAUGUGAACGAUAACCCUCCAGAGUUCAUGCAUUCAUCCUUCCACGUCAGCCUCCCAGAAAACCUGCCCCCAGGGAUCGUCCACACCGUCCAGGCCUCUGAUCCAGAUCUGAAGGAAAACGGAACCAUAGACUAUUCAAUACAGGGGGAAGACUACGGAGGUCGUUUCACCAUCGACAUCCACACUGGCUCCGUCAGCACCACACAGGUUCUGGACCGUGAAGAAAAGAAGAACUAUUCACUCAUCAUACAGGCUCGGGAUAACGGCCCAGUCCCGCUCACUUCAUCCACAGAACUCCUACUGGUUCUGCUGGACCAGAAUGAUAACGUUCCUUUAUUCGCCCAGAUGAGCUACCACACCUCCGUCAGCGAGGGCGUACCUGCUGGAGCUGAGGUCCUGCGUGUCACGGCCUUUGAUCCAGAUGAGGGCUCCAACGGUGACGUCACCUAUUCAGUGACAGACGACAACAGCCAGGGGGCGCUCUUUGUGGACCCGUUCACGGGGGUGAUCUGCACCACCAGAGCUCUGGACAGGGAGACCAAGGCUCAGUAUACAUUAAAGGUGGUAGCCACAGACGGCUGCAGUCAGGGGCCACAGAGCUCAGUGGCUCAUGUCACCGUGGAGGUGGAGGACGUGAACGACAACGUGCCUGUGUGUGAUCAGAAUCCCAUCAAUGCCUGGGUAUCCUUGGUAACGCCACCACACCAGAUAGUUACAACCGUGAAGGCCAGUGACGGCGACCAGGGUGAGAACGCGACGUUACACUACACGCUGUCCACUGACGACGACGGCUUCGUCAUCGAUGCCGAGUCUGGAGAGAUCUCACUGAGGAGACGAGUCACAGCAGAGUUCUCAGGGAGGAAGCUGGAGGUCAUGGUUUCAGACGGAGGUCGUCCUGCGCUCACCUCCGCCUGCUUGGUUUUCGUUCACCUGAAGGGGGAACAUGAAGGACUCCAGUUCACAAGCAAAGUGUACAACGCCACCGUGGAGGAGAACAGUGGAGCAGGCGCCUGGAUCACCAAAGUGGAGGCCAGCGAUCCAACCAUCGGCAGACAGAGGAUCACCUACAGCAUAUUCAGUGGCAACGAGAAUCACAUUUUCUCCAUUAGCGGCCACACAGGUGAGAUCCGGGUACAGAGGGAUAAAUCCCUGGACUUUGAGGUGAGCCCUCAGAUCCAGCUGGUGGUGCUGGCUGACAGUGGACUGCAGACGGCUCACUGUCGGGUUACCAUCACCCUGAGGGAUGUCAAUGACAACUCACCGCUGUUCGAAUACAGCAGUUACCGGACAGCUGUCUGGGAGGGACAAGUGCACAACACCUACAUAAUGCAGGUGUUUGCUGUUGAUGCAGACAGUGGAGUCAACGGACAGAUAGAUUACGCCAUCACGUCUGGUAACCACAACCAAGCCUUCAUCUUAGACUCGGUGCGAGGGAUCCUCGCUACCAAUGUUGUACUGGACCGCGAGAUCACGCCGUCGUACAAGCUUGUAAUACAAGCAACAGACAGGGGGAACCCUCCACUCAGCAGCAGCACCACCAUCAGGGUGCAGGUGGUAGACGUCAACGACAACAGCCCCACCAUUCCUCCAAUGGAGCCUGUGGUCGUAGCAGAAAAUCUGCCUGCAGGCUACAGUGUCACCCAGGUGAAGGCUAACGACGUGGAUCUGAGCUCAUACAUCACCUACAGCUUUGCCGACAACAGCAGCGUCGAAGGCCCCUUUGCCAUCGACCACUAUACUGGUGUGGUGACGCUGACGCAGGCCCUGGACUACGAGGAGCAGAAGGAGUUCACCCUGACAGUUUGGGCUUUUGACUCCCUCCAUCUGACCUCUGGGGAGGUCACAGUUCAAGUGCUUGACAUCAAUGACAACGCCCCAGUCUUCAGCAGGGUCUCCUACCAGGUGAAAUUGUCUGAAUCCGUCCCAGCUGACACGUUGGUGGUGUCAGUGUUCUCCACCGACAGAGACUCUGGAAUUAAUGGAAAGAUCAGCUACAGACUGAUCCAAUCCCCAUCACAAGGCUUUUAUAUUCAGCCAGACAAUGGGUCGGUUUUCACCAACAAACCUCUGGAGGCCGACACAAAGAGCCACCUCAUCCAUCUUCUGGUAGAAGCGAGAGAUGGAGGCGACCCCGUGCACUCCACCGUUACCUCCAUAGAAAUACAGAUUCAGGACGACAACGAUCACGCGCCGCUGUUUUACCAGAACCUCUACGCUCUCGGCGUGGCCGAGGACACGGCCACAGACACCACGCUGCUGUCUCUGUCCGCAGAUGACCAAGACUGGAGCUCUGAAAACACACACCUGGACUACGCCAUCCUGGGAGGGAAUGAGGAGAAAAGAUUCUGUCUGGAAGUGAAAAUGAUUCAGUUGGAGAAUCAGAUAAAGAAUGUGGCAAAACUCGUUCUGUGUCAGCCCUUAGACCGUGAGGUCAGAGACAGCUAUGUGCUGACAGUCAUGGUGUCUGACCGUGGAAGUCCUCCACUAAAUAGCUCUGCGGUCGUUGUAGUGAACGUGACGGACUGUAAUGACAACGCUCCGGUCUUCUCCAGUUCACAGUACUACGCAGACGUGAGUGAAAACAGUCCAGUAGGUACCACGGUGGUCCAGGUCACAGCACGGGAUCUGGACAAGGGAACUAACGCCCUGUUGCGGUAUGACAUCAUAUCAGGGAACACCAAAGGUCACCUUAAGCUUGACCCUCAGUCAGGUCGUCUGGUUGUCAAUCACGCUCUCGAUUAUGAGGAGGACUCUAAAUACACCCUGACUAUUAGAGCCUCUGACGGUGGAGAAUUAUCUGAAGACCAUAACAUCGCGUUUACAGUGGUCCACAUCACCGUGUUGGAUGAAAAUGACAACUCUCCAUACUUCAUGUUCCCCACAGUCAACUGCUCGGUGUCAGAGAAUCUGCCCGUUUUCACCCACACAUGUUCAGUCCACGCUGUGGACAACGACCUGGGCCGAUAUGGCCAGCUCACCUACUCCAUCUUAUCUUCCUGCCUCAUGGACUACGGCAGUGGCAGUCCAGACAGAAAGGACGCUUUUGGCAUCGACUCUUUUACAGGACACAUUCACACCAGACAAACGUUUGAUUUCGAACGGGAGAGCGAGUACUGCCUCAUAGUGGAGGCCAGAGACAAAGGCCACAGAGCCGUGACGGUGAAGGUUCAGGUGAGCAUCAAGGGAGUGGACGAAUUCAGUCCAGUCUUCACCCAGAAACAGUACCACUACACGCUGCCGGCGAACGUGCAGCUGGGGGAGACGGUUGGUUACGUGAUGGCCAUGGAUCAUGAUGGUGGUGUGGAUGGGAUCGUGGAGUACUCCUUGGUGGACUCACCGCCUUUUUUCUCUAUUAACAAAACGUUCGGUGCCAUCUUUGUAUCGGGGCCUGUGUUCCGGCAAAGAGGCCGUGGAGGUCGGGACACGGUGGAGCUGCUCGUGUCUGCAGCUAGUCCCAGACUGGGCUCCAAGUCUUCCACCUGCUCGGUGUUUGUCAACAUCUCCAGCUCUGCUGAAGCGCUCACGGCUGUUCCACUGGACCGACGUAUGCUCAGUCUGACCGUCUCGCUGAUUACCUUCCUCGUUGCUCUUGUUAUCCUGGUGGUCAUGGUUCUAAAUUACAAGAUUAAAGACUCUGCAAUUAAAGACUCUGCAGUGGAGAAGUCGACUGCCACUGCCACAGCAGAGUCACUGAGAAGGACCAACAGUCGAAUGGGAAGUGUCGUAUCUCUACAGGAGAUCAAACGGCCCAGCACCGUGAUGACGAAGAGAGACAAGACAAAGACUUUCAAGCGCAUAGACUCAAGUGUCCGUGGAUCCGCUGAGGGUCAAACAGCUGAAGACCAGUCAAACAGUCACAAACUGGUCACCCACCACCCCUACAGUCAAGUAGACACAUCUGUAAAAGCCAACCGAAGCGCGAAGGUCUCAGAUUCAGCCUCACCUGCUGACCUCUGCAGCUCAGGGGAAUCAGAUGCAGAACAUAUUUUAUCAGGUACUAAAUGUUUUGUUGCAGUGAUGGCCAGCACAGAGAGUCUCCACACGUUUAAAGAGGAGGGAGGAGGCGAGGAGCUGCUCCCUGCAACUCUGAGAGAUUUUGAGGAGGCAAGCAUGGCUACCAAAUGUUACCCCUGCACCUGUGAAGUCUGUGUCUUCGCUGAUCCUGACUCCUCACUGUUGUGUCCAGUGGAGCAGGGCAGCUGCGACUGGCACCAUUUAUUGGACUGGGACCCACGUUUCCAGACGUUAGCCCAUUCGUUUACAGACCUCGAGAUGCUCCAAGAUGAGGAGCUGGAAGGAGGCCGUGAAGACUUGGCGGCAGAGUCGAGCUGUCUCAUGUACCCACCGGCUUUAAUAAUGGGUGUGGCUCGGAGCGGCAUCAGGACGGAACCACCAGAGAACCUGAGACGAGUGCCAAGUCUGAGCAGGAAGAAUUCUCGCUGCAAAUAUGCAUAUUCACCCUUAACCAGGAGCAGAGGAUUAACUCCUUCAGCGAUGACACCAGCUUCUACCCUGUCACUGUCCUCUCUCACAAUGAGGACCCCUACUGCAUCCCCAGUGGUCUCAGAGACCGGGGUUGGGAGCAUCAGACUAAAGUAACAACCCCUCACUGCAUGUUGCACGUGUUUGAAAGUACGAUUUAAUGGAGCUUUUUUUUUUAAUUAGCGCUGCACAGUGUAGCUCGAACUCAAAUUCAACAUAAAAUAAAUAAAAACAUCAGCAGCUUUUAGGCUGAAACAAUAAUGUUCCACACUUCAUUUAUCAUCGUAUCUCAGUAACAUGGUUUUAUGGUCCUGACUUAAUCAAACACACAGAAUUAUUGAAAGAAAUGUUUUUCAAUGUUUUUUGCUCCCCCUUAUGGAUGAUAAUGUACUUUCAGCCUAGUUUACUAAUGACACUUUGGUUUGAUACAAACCUUACAUGUAUUAAUGAGGGGAAACCGUGUUGUAAUAAUGUUAAAAUAAUAUUGAAAAUAUAAAUAUGUCUUUUUUGGUAAUGUCAUAUCUUAUAAUAAAACUAAUGGUUUGGACUUUUUAUAUUUUUUUAUUUUUCCACCACUGUGUUAAUUUAAAUACUUUACAAGUGAAUAGCUGUUCCCAAAUAGCUGCUCAUAAUACUUUGAAGAUUCUAUUUGUGUGCAACAAUACUUUCAAAUAUAUACUGUGUAUAAACAGAGACAGAAGGCUGCUCUACACAUGGUUGUUUACCAUGUGUAGAGCAGCCGUCAAAUAAACCAAAACCUCACCUGU